AUGAAUCCUUCUCUUGUCUUCAGCGCGCUCGUAUCCAUCACGGUUCUUGCUAUGACGUACCCCGUGCAAGCCGCAACUAUCGCGAAGCGCUCCUAUAUGGAGGACCGCGAGGAUUUUGGCGGCGAUCUCAUUCAAUACUAUAAGUAUGAUGGGCAAAACCACCGAGAAUCUGAUGCUGAUGAAUUCAAUUAA